AUGUAUUUAAGUUAUAAAUUUAGAAGUUUCGGCAUAUUUAAGAAGCAAGCAAGAAUUCAUCAACGUUUCUUUGCAUCCAAACAGAAUAAUACAGUGUCUUUAAAAGAUAAGCCGGACCUAACGAUGAAAAUAUCACCACAUAUAAUGUUUUGGAAAAUGUAUGGCCGGCCUUUUGGGCGGGUUUUUCUUAUAGCAUCAAUUACAUAUUUUGGACUUCAUUUUUUAUGGUGGCAUUUAUAUGUGGAAGAAAAAAGAGCACAAAAACAAGCCCAUCUUUCUCAACUCGAAAAAAUGCUUCUUGAAAUUACAUCAAGCCCUCAAUCAACAUCGUAA